CUGCUUACGAAAUAUUGCAGUGCACUCUGGGAUAGCAGACACCGGGAGGUCAGAGAAACUUUAUAUUCAAGAUGUCGGUGAUUUGUUUUUCGUCCUUGGGUCGCUGUACCGCAAUGGCAUACCGUUCUUCCGCUGGAAUAGUGGCGGUCCGGUAUGCCCAGACAGCAGCAGCCACAGCCACACAGCCCAAAAUCAAGAAGUUUCAGGUGUACCGCUGGGAUCCAGACACGGUUGGGGACAAGCCUCGCAUGCAAACCUUUGAGAUUGAUCUCAACACUUGUGGCCCCAUGAUAUUAGACGCCCUCAUCAAGAUCAAGAAUGAGAUGGAUGGCACUCUAACUUUCCGUCGAUCGUGCAGAGAGGGUAUCUGUGGAUCAUGUGCAAUGAACAUCAAUGGAGGCAACACCCUGGCCUGUCUGAACAAGAUUGACACCAACACCAGUAAGGUGACCAAAAUCUACCCCCUACCGCACAUGUAUGUGGUCAAGGAUCUGGUCCCUGACAUGAGUAAUUUCUAUGCUCAGUAUAAGUCAAUCGAGCCCUACCUGAAGAAGAAGGAUGAGACCAAUGAGGGGAAGGAGCAGUAUCAUCAGACUGUGGAGGACAGACAAAAACUGGAUGGCUUGUAUGAAUGCAUCCUGUGCGCGUGCUGCAGCACGAGCUGCCCCAGCUACUGGUGGAACGGAGACAAGUACCUGGGACCUGCUGUUCUGAUGCAGGCCUACCGCUGGAUGAUCGACUCACGGGACGAGUUCACGGAAGAGCGUCUUUCCCAGCUGCAGGAUCCCUUCUCACUCUACCGCUGUCACACCAUCAUGAACUGCACUAGGACCUGCCCCAAGGGUCUGAAUCCAGGACUGGCGAUUGCGGAGAUAAAGAAGAUGAUGGCAAUGUACAAGGAGAAAAGAGCUGCUGCUUGAUCUCUGGUGGCAUUCAGCUCCUUAAAUUAUACUGUAAUUAACAAGCCCUAAUAGAGGUCUGCUUGGCCUGCACACCUGCCAACCUCAACACCUACACACUCCAACACCACUGACUGAUAGGGGACAUUCAAGGGGAAAUGGGCAUGGUCCUGUGUGUGUGUGUGUGCGCGCCCGCAUUCUCAAUUUGUGUACUUGUGGGUACCAGAUAUCCCCAUAAAAAUAGAGCAAUCAGAAAUAAUGUUCCAUACAGAGUUUUGGUCAGUCACCACAUGGGAACUUUUUUUUGCUUAGGGGAUUAGGUUUAGAGAAAAAAACUUGCUAUUGGGCAUAGUGUUUAAAUUGGGGUUACUUUCAGGUUUAGGUAUGACCAUUUAAGGUUGUGUUAUGUCUAGGUUAAGUUUAAGGCUAGGGAAUAAGGGAAAAUGUUUAGGUGGUUAGGAUACCUAUCCCCACAAAGAUUAAGAACAAAUGUGUGGACACGUAUUAACAGAGCUCUACACUUCCCUUUACUGGCAAAACAUGGUUACUUGUGUGUUGGUGGCCCAAAACAAAUAUUUUAGCCCACAAACUAGUGCACUAGAAUAAAAAAAAUCCAGGUGGCACACAAUUCCUGUGGAAAUUGGUGAACUGUAGAACCCUGUCUAAGUUUGUGAGACAUGGCCUGAUGAUUUAACUAGAACGAUGGUGUAUUCCGUAGUUAAUGCCCGUUGUUUGGUCAGUGUGUGAAUGUGGGUGGGUUUGAGUUUAGAGUCUGGUAGGUUAACAGACAUGUAUAACGUGUAUAUGAACUGCAGCUCUUCCAUCAUACCAGUAUACCUGCAUUAUUUAAUGGGAGUUUUCAUUUCAAUGUGUAAUAAAUAUUAACACUUUAAUGUC